CACAUGACUGUAGUUGUGGUGCCGGUUUAUCAGCAGAGUUCACCCACAGACACCAGUGUGCAGGUUGUCUCUGUAACGACACUUUUAAACUUCUCCCCGUUAACGUUAAAUCGGUUUAACGUCCAUCGGUGUUACUUUUAAAGAUGGCUCGGAUCAUUUUACUUGUCCUGUCUUCAGUCCUGCUCUCCGUUGUGAGCGCCGGAGUGUUUUUCAACCAGAACCAGCCGUGCUAUGUCCGCUCACCGAGGAAAAAUCACGUUGGACUGAAGACCGCUCCUCGUCCUCAUGAGUACUUAAACAUUUCUGAACUGCCCAAAUCAUGGGACUGGAGGAACAUCAAUGGCACAAACUUUGUGAGCACGACCCGUAACCAGCACAUUCCCCAGUACUGUGGCUCCUGCUGGGCCCAUGGCAGCACCAGCGCCAUGGCAGAUCGCAUCAACAUUAAGAGGAAGGGAGCGUGGCCAUCUGCCUAUCUCUCUGUCCAGAAUGUGAUCGACUGCGGUGAGGCAGGCAGCUGCCAUGGAGGAGACCACACUGGAGUUUGGGAGUACGCUAACAAACACGGCAUCCCAGAUGAGACCUGCAACAACUACCAGGCUAAAGACCAGAAGUGCAAUUCCUUCAAUGAAUGUGGCACCUGCACCACCUUUGGAGUGUGCAAUAUUGUGAAGAACUACACCCUGUGGAAAGUGGGCGAUUUUGGAGACGUCAGCGGGAGGGAGAAGAUGAUGGCAGAGAUCUACGCUAGAGGGCCGAUCAGCUGUGGGAUUAUGGCCACAGACACGCUGGAUGCCUACACCGGAGGUCUCUACUCUGAAUAUCAGGAGUAUCCUUCCAUCAACCACAUCGUGUCAGUGGCAGGAUGGGGAAUGGAGGGCGGGGUUGAAUACUGGAUUGUACGCAACUCCUGGGGAGAGCCAUGGGGUGAGAAGGGCUGGCUCAGGAUCGUGACCAGUGCCUUCAAGGGAGGAAGUGGAAGCACAUACAACCUGGCGUUGGAGGAGGACUGCAUGUACGGAGACCCAGUUGUCGCCAAGGCCUAUCUGUAGAGACCAGCACCCACAGUGUCCGAAGGUCGUCACUGCUCUCUCGUGUUUUCCUGUCUCGGGCAGAGGCAAACUUUUUAUGUGUAAAAUGUUGAAAAGGGAAUGAGUUCAGAUUUUUAAUCGAGAUAUCUAUUUUUUACAUUUGUAAUCGGGGGAUCAAAUUUUAGUGCCAUGUCUUCCAGCUGGAUGUCCGAGCUGCUUGAAUCAAUGCAGACGUUCAGAACUUUACCACAGAGGGUUCUGCAGGCUGAAACGUAGAGAGUGAAACACAGAAGUACUAACUCUUUCCAUAACGGACACUGAAAAGAUGCAAGAAAUGAUUCGGUUUAAAUCAUCAAGAGGACAUGACAGCUUUUUAUAACGAAGAUUUUUCAAUGCAUACUGACUCAGCCAAAGAACAAAGUGUUUAUAGUUUGUCCUGCACUGAAUGCACUACACCCUCAGAGAAAAACAACAUUAGUGUGCCUUACAUGCACUGGCAGUCAAGAAUACAUGUCAUUUUUAUUUUGUUUUCACACUUCUACAUCAGAAAUUCUAGAAAAAUUUGCAAUCUUUGUUUUAUUGUUUUUAAACUGUGCCAAUAAACGCAACGCUUUACACUAAA